CGAGUUUAUUCUAAAUUUAUAUACGCCGUGCCAAUCAAGAUCGGCUGAACGACGAUGUGAAUCUAGUACAACUGCAUGCGCGCGAAAACAAAUGACAAGUAAUGGCGACCGAGGGAAAGGGAUUAGUCCAGAAACUACUAAUUCGAGAGAUUUCAGGGAAAUGGAAGCAGCAAAAGAGGGAUUUAUCACUCUUACCAUUUAACAGAAUACCUGGCCGAAUGUGCUAUUUGCUCAAAAACCUGGUAUCUCGAUCUAUAUUAGAAGACGGACAUGUUUUUCUUGGUUUCACAAAGUCCGGCAAGUUUGUUGUUUCAUACUCACUUCAGAUCGGAGGAGAUCAUACAAGUGAAACGGUAUUUCCGACAUAUAACUAUAAACUUCAGUGGUGGUUAUUUAUCCCUAAGAAACCACUCCAUCUUGUGUCUGAAGUACGACUGUUUAGUGAAGGAGACAUCUGCAAAGAACUGUUUAUAGCAUUUUGUGAAUGGCCUGAAGAUGAAGAUAAAAUAUUUGUUUAUGGUCAUUCUAUUCCAGGUGAUGGUGAUGAUUCGUGUUUUUGUUAUGUUACAAUUACGGCUGUACCUUAUAUUGGUCUGUGUUUAGACUGUAAAAGUAUGGACACAGAAAAUAUUGAAAUUGAAGAUCAAAGUGGUAAUGGAAGUAGACAAAUCAAAAAAGUGAAAAAGAAGUGUUUAUUGCAUAGUUUUUGUGUUCACAGUAAAUAUGACAUGUCCCCACCAUAUCCUGCCUUCUCACCAAGUGUCCAGUUAAAACUGGAUGGAAUAGUUGUUUUAAAUACAGGUGUGUCAUUGGUGGCUUUUCAAGUUGAACCUAAAAACCUUGGAAAACCGAACUCUUUAGAUGUUACUGGCAACAGAACUCUAAUAGGAUCUAGUCUUGCAUUCAACAAUAGUACAAAAGCCAAUCUUCCUACAAAUUCUACGCCAUCUCCAAAAGAACUUGGUUUAGUCUUUAAAAAUUUGUGCCCAGAUUGUAAAAAUUUACCAUGUUUUUGCAAUCCAGUUGAUGAAAUGUGUGAACUAUCAGAAGAAAAUGUUAGAAGUCCAAACCAUGAAAAAUCUAACAAUGUCUCGCCUAGUCGUAACAUGUCAAAGUGCUCAAAAAUGUGUGAAAUGUGUAAUAGCCUUCCAGAAGAUUGCAGAUGUGAUGUGGUAGUGCGUCAGCCGCUUCAAGCUAAAAAUGAUAGUAGUAAUUCACUUAGUGUUGCAUCUUCUACCUCCCCACAACGAUCUUCAAUUCAUAAAACUUCUAAAAAACGCUCCUUUGAAUUAAUUAACUGUGGAGAAAUUGGUGAAUCAACAUCUCAUGCUACUACAACUCAUUUAGACCAAGAUAGUGUACCAACAUGUACAUUUUCUUCACCCAGCCCCAAAAUUUGUUCAGAACGAACUUUUUUCUCACCAAGUAAUAGCAAUAGUAGUAUGACAUCUAGGAGUUCUGAAGGUGUUCAUGUGCAUACAAAUAUUGCAAGAACUGUAACAUAUUCAUCUCGAUUUUAUGAGGUACAUGAAUGUGUUGUAGAUUCACCAGUAACUUUAGAAGAUGAAUAUGAUCUGGCAUAUAGAAGUGUUUUACCUGUAGAUGUUUGUUCUUACAGAAAAACAUUAUCAAUUGCUAAAAAUGUUUCUGCAACAAUGCCAGUAAUAUCGGUUUUACAAAUGACAUUUGACAUUGAACAUUAUAUGAUUGAAGUAGUUCACCAACAAGCUGUAUGGGGGAAACGUUUUGUAGCCUUUUAUAAUUAUGAUCUCCAGAUACUAGAUGUUGAACUAGACGGUCAGGUACUUGGCACAGUUUAUGCUUUAAUACAGGCUAAAGAUCAAAAUACAAAGUCUUCAAAACCUUGUAAAAUUCCAAUCAAAUUGUAUCGAACACAGUUUACGUUUCAUCUUAAUUUAUGUACGGGUAUUUAUUCUACAUGGAAUAUAGGUGAUCUUACAACUGUGGAUGAACGUAAUCCAAAUGAAUGUGAAUGGAAAUCAAGUACAAAGGAAUGCAAUCUGCUUCGUAGAAAAGCUUUAAUACCUAAAGCAUUUUAUAGGAGUGUUCAUAUGUUAUCUAAUGAAGCUGGAAUUAAAGGGCAGUCUAAGAAAAUGUUAGUAGCACCACAUCAUAGUCACACCACUGCCAUAAUACUGUAGAAUUAAAGAUACAUUAUGGGAGAUUAGAUAAAGAGCUGGCAGUUCUCACUAUAAUAGUUAAAAACUAGAUAAUGUAGAGGGAUUUGAUGAAAAUUUCAGUCAAAUUGAUCCACUAUGAACCAAGAUUUUAGCGAUUAAAUUUUCGGCCUAGCCUCAAUCAUCAUUACUAAAGUCAGUACGAUAAAAAACAUAGUCUCGAUUAUCCAUUUCAUGAUUAAAUCAGAACCUAAAUCAGAACCUAAUCUAAUAAACAUCACAGGCUAGCGAUGACAUCGAGAGUUGAUUAUGGUCUGGAUAAGUUAAUGUCUAAUAAUAAUUUAGAUAACAUUUCAGGCCUAUAGAAAGACCUGCAGCAGGCAGAUUUAGCUCUUGCAUAAUGUACAUGUAUGUUUAAAAUUGAGUCUGUCAUUUUUGAUCAUCGGAACUUUUAUCCUUCGGAUAAUGUAGUUGUUACUUUUCAUAAACCAAUUUUGUAAUCAACAAGUGUAUUACAAUUACAGUUAACAAGCAGUCUGAGCACAAGGUACUUACUGAGGGUUUCCCUAUACUGGAAGAUAAUUAGUAUUCCUAAAGUUAAAAUGACCAGAAAAAAUGAGGACUUCAUGAUGUCAGAAAUGAAUGAAAUGUUUUGUAAAUUUUGUUGUUGAAUUUAGUUAAAUAUUACUUGAAUAAAAUAUAUUUUGAAGAAAAA